AUGUACCCCACCAAGGCAACUGGAGGCCCUGAUCUCAAGAUAUCCAUCGCAGCACCCCCGGUAUGGACAUAUUGUGCGGGCGACACCAUAAUCGGCAGUGUGAACCGCAGCUCACACAUUGUGGCCACCGAUGCCGCCAUUUCACUCUCCUUGAUAGGAGUUUCAAAAGCCCGAUUAAUCACGGACGGCUAUCCAACCGAAUCCACCCAUUAUGGUGAUUGGCACCUUUUCAAGCUCCGAUCACAAAUUUUGCGGCGUGGGCCCAUCCACAUCCCCAAGCCCAGCAGUCCAAGCGACUGGAUCAAUAUUCCCUUUUCUUUGGAGAUCCCUGAAAUGACUUCGUCAUCAGCACUCCGCAAUCACGCUCAACUCGAAACUUUCAUCUCAACUGAGGAUAUUUACACCCAACACCCUUUACCGGGAACUUUUUUCACAGAAUGGAACAGUGCCAAGGUCUGCAUUGAGUACUAUCUCCAGGCCAAGCUGCGUUAUAUGCGCAAAGGCUCAUGGCAGGUCCAACGCGCGAUAGCGCCUAUCACAUUGGGUCACCCGAUGGUAGACCCAGCGGGCAUCCGCUUUGCGCUGCAGCGAUGCAGUGCCACCAGCAGGGUGCGCAGUCAGCGAUUGCUUCCAUCAAUGCAGGACGUGGAUUUGUCCUUUACACAGAAGACGCAGAAAUUGCUCGGUCUAUCGAGUGUUCCUGGGUUGUGCUUUCAAGUUGUGAUGAGUGUGCCGCUCGCUAUUCAACUUGAUAAUCCAUCACCAAUACCGUUGUUUAUUAGGGUUAUUCCUGAGUGCAAUGGAACAAGUGGUGUUAUUAAAGAUGUUGUGCAACAAGUCCAGAUCAUCUCGGUUAAGAUGGUCAUUCUUUCGAAGACUGAGAUCAUCCUCAAACCCAGCGAGCUUAGCCUUUAUAUCGCCCCCAAAGAUGAACAUGUUUUUGUUCAGCCGUUGGGUCUGGGGCAAGCAUUCGGAGAAUUGAAAGAUCCUGUUAUCACGUCGGUCGGACCAGGCGAUGUGCCGGCUGAUAUUGGGAGUUUGCUUCAGCUUGUUCUUAGACAUGACGGUCUGUGGAGUAAUGGAAAACGUUUUGGUCCUUUGGCUAGCAUUCAGCCUAGUUUUGUCACCUAUAAUAUCAAGUUGAGUCACUCGAUAUUGUGGCAAGUCUCUCUUAAUAUUGCCGGGGAGACACGAAAUGUGUCAAUGGAGACAGACGUCACCGUGUACAAUAGCGCCUUGAGGUUAUGA